AUGUGUCCUGCAGAAGAUGCAGAAGACUGUCUCCUGGAGAAACCCUACACAGACUGCGGCUACAGUCAAGGCAAAGACGACGACUUCGACUGGGAGCAGAUCAACACCAAGCAGAAACCCUCCUCAGAGCCCUGGCUGCCGUCAGGUUCAGCGUUCAUGAUGGUGAACACCUCGGGACGGUCCUCCGGUCAGAGAGCUCAGCUCUACCUGCCGCAGUUCAAAGAGAACGACACCCACUGUGUCGUAUUCCAGUAUUACGCCGCCAGUCGAGAGGGAUCGAGUCCCAGCCAGCUGCUCAUCUACGUCAAGGAGAACAACAGUCCUCUGGGCUUCGCCGUGUGGAACUCGUCUGGACCGGCCUUCCAGAAGUGGCAGCAGGUGGAGCUGGCCAUCAGCACCUUCUGGCCCAAUUUCUACCAGCUGGUGUUUGAGGUGGUGGCGUCUGGUGAACAGGGUCUGCUGGCCGUCAGAGGAAUCUCGCGUCAGGGUCAUCAGUGCAUGAACACGCCUCACUUCCUGCACAUUAAGAGCGUGGAGGUCAACGCCAGACAGACGGCCACCUUCCAGUGCACUAUUAACGGCCAGCCCAAAGACCAUGUCAACUACAAGCUCUGGCUCCAGGGCAUCAAAGGACGCGAGGCUCCUAUGAAGGACACCAAACCUGUGAACUCCAGACGCUACACAGCCACCUUUGACAUCGUCAACAACACCAAAGAAGACUCGGGCCGCUACCGCUGCAUCGUGCGCUCUGAGAAAGGAGUCGGAGCGUCCAGUUACGGAGCUCUGGUGGUCAAACAGCCUCCGAUCCCCAUCGCUCCUCCUCAGCUGACGGCGGUUGGCGCCACCUACCUGUGGAUCCAGCUCAACGCAAACUCCAUCAACGGCGACGGGCCCAUUAUCGAGAAGGAGGUGGAGUACCGCACGCUUUCCGGAAGCCUGAUCGACAGCCAACCAGUCGACAAACCCAACCACAAGAUCGGCCACCUGGACCCUGACACCGAGUACGAGAUCAGCGUGCUGCUCACCAGACCCAACGAGGGCGGCACCGGGGCCCCGGGUCCCCUGCUCAGGGCCCGCACCAAGUGCGCAGAUCCCAUGCACGGCCCUCGAUGGCUGCAGGUCGUAGACAUCAAAUCCAAGCAGUUGACGGUGCGCUGGGAGCCGUUCGGAUACAAUGUGACGCGCUGCUACAGCUACAAUCUGACGGUGCAGUACCGCUACACGGCUAACGGCAAAGAGGAGACGCGCGAGGAGACGUGCUACGAUACUCUGAGCGCCGCGCCACAGCACACCAUCCGCAGCCUGCAGCCCUACACCAACGUCAGCAUUAAACUGCUGCUGCGCAACCGCGAGGGAGUCAAAGAGAGCGACGAGCUCGACGUGCUCACCGACGAAGACGUUCCCGGCGCCGUUCCGCAGGAGUCCAUCCAAGGAAGCACAUACGAGGAGAAGAUCGCCCUCCGAUGGAGAGAACCGCUCCAGACGUACGGCAUAAUCAAACAGUAUGAAAUCUUCUAUAAGGCCGUCAGCUCCUUCGACCCCGAGUUCAAUCUGUCCAAUCAGAGCGGGAAGAUGCUGAAGUUCAGCAACGAGACGUCGCACAUCUUCACGGGUCUGUAUCCCGGAUCCACGUACUCCUUCACCAUCAGAGCCAGUACGGUCAAAGGAUACGGGCCGCCCGAAACCACACAGUUCACAACCAAGAUCUCACCACCGCGUAUGCCGGGAUACGAGCAGGAGACACCGCUGAAUCAGACCGACAGCACAGUGACAGUCCUUCUGAAACCGGCCCGGAGCCGCGGAGCACCGGUCAGGUGCGUCUUCAUUCACAUCAGACCCUCACAUCAGCAUCAGCACCAGACAAGCUGUUAUAGAACUAGAGCUAUCUUCUAUAAGGCCGUCAGCUCCUUCGACCCCGAGUUCAAUCUGUCCAAUCAGAGCGGGAAGAUGCUGAAGUUCAGCAACGAGACGUCGCACAUCUUCACGGGUCUGUAUCCCGGAUCCACGUACUCCUUCACCAUCAGAGCCAGUACGGUCAAAGGAUACGGGCCGCCCGAAACCACACAGUUCACAACCAAGAUCUCACCACCGCGUAUGCCGGGAUACGAGCAGGAGACACCGCUGAAUCAGACCGACAGCACAGUGACAGUCCUUCUGAAACCGGCCCGGAGCCGCGGAGCACCGGAAACUAAGAUCGAUUGUGUUCGCGUGGCCACUAAAGCUGCCAUUAUUGUGACUCAGCUCACCACGCCGUAUGUGCGUAUCGCACCCGCUGCCGGCGACAGCCAACUAACAGGUGCCGCGACCCGGAAGCCUGAUGCCGUGGAACCCGAGAAACAGACAGAUCACACGGUGAAGAUCGCCGGCGUCAUCGCUGGCAUCCUACUCUUCGUCAUCAUCUUCCUCGGCGUGGUGCUGGUCAUGAAGAAACGGAAACUGGCGAAGAAGCGCAAGGAGACGCUGAGCAGCACGAGGCAGGAGAUGACGGUGAUGGUGAACUCUAUGGACAAGAGCUACGCUGAGCAGGGCACCAGCUGCGACGAGGCCAUUUCAUUCAUGGACACACACAACCUCAAUGGACGCACUGUCUCCUCGCCGUCAUCGUUUACCCUGAAGACUAACACACUGAGCACCGCCGUGCCAAACUCCUACUAUCCAGAUCCCUUCGUGCCGACCGCAAUCUUAGACGAGAACCACACCAUGACAAGCGAGACCAGCAGCUUGGUUCAGUCGCAUACUCACUCCUACAAGAAACGCGAGGCGGUGGAUGUCCCAUAUCAGACGGGACAGCUUCAUCCGGCCAUCCGUGUGGCCGAUCUUCUCCAGCACAUCACGCAGAUGAAGUGCGCCGAGGGUUACGGCUUCAAAGAGGAAUACGAGAGCUUCUUUGAAGGGCAGGCGGCGCCGUGGGACUCGGCCAAAAAAGACGAGAAUAGAAUGAAGAACCGUUACGGCAACAUCAUCGCUCAGGAGGUGCGAGAGGUGAUGGAGGCUGAGAUGAGGACACAGCUGCGUCGUCAGGCUGCUGCACACACAGAUCACCUGCGGGACGUGCUGAAGGUUCAGGAGCAGGAGCUGCACGAGGAGGCCCAGGAGGGCUACCAUCGACCGAAUCACUACAUCGCCACACAAGGUCCGAUGCAGGAGACCAUCUAUGACUUCUGGAGGAUGGUGUGGCAGGAGAACACGGCAACUAUCAUCAUGGUUACCAAUCUGGUUGAAGUCGGCCGGGUGAAGUGCUGUAAGUACUGGCCCGACGACACUGAGAUCUACAGGGACAUGAAGGUGACGCUCAUCGAGACUCAGCUGCUGUCUGAAUAUGUCAUUCGAACCUUCGCUGUGGAAAAGAGAGGAGCUCAUGAGAUCAGGGAGAUCCGGCAGUUUCAUUUCACCGGCUGGCCGGAUCACGGCGUCCCGUAUCACGCCACAGGGCUGCUGGGCUUCGUCCGCAGGGUCAAAGCCAAGAGUCCUGCCAACGCCGGCCCAAUGGUCAUCCACUGCAGUGCUGGAGCGGGACGCACCGGCUGCUUCAUCGUCAUCGACAUCAUGCUGGACAUGGCGGAGCGGGAAGGAGUGGUGGACAUUUACAACUGCGUGAGGGAACUACGGUCCCGCAGGGUCAACAUGGUGCAGACGGAGGAGCAGUAUGUGUUUAUCCAUGAUGCCAUAUUGGAGGCGUGUCUUUGUGGCGACACCACGAUCCCAGCCAAUCAGCUUCGCUCAGUGUAUUACGACAUGAACCACUUGGACCCGCAGACCAACUCCAGCCAGAUCAAAGAGGAGUUCAGAACGUUAAACAUGGUGACGCCCACGUUACGGGUGGAGGACUGUAGCAUUGCACUGCUGCCGCGGAACCAUGAGAAGAACCGCUGUAUGGACGUGCUACCGCCCGACCGCUGCCUGCCCUUCCUCAUCACCAUCGACGGAGAGAGCAGCAACUACAUCAACGCCGCGCUCAUGGACAGCUACAAGCAGCCGUCUGCGUUCAUCGUUACCCAGCAUCCUCUGCCCAACACCGUCAAAGACUUCUGGAGGCUGGUGCUGGACUAUCACUGCACGUCUAUAGUGAUGCUGAACGACGUGGAUCCCGCGCAGUUGUGUCCGCAGUACUGGCCGGAGAACGGCGUCCAUCGGCACGGACCCAUCCAGGUGGAGUUUGUGUCGGCAGAUCUGGAGGAGGACAUCAUCAGCAGGAUCUUCCGCAUCUAUAACGCCGCGCGGCCGCAGGAUGGGUACCGGAUGGUGCAGCAGUUCCAGUUUCUGGGCUGGCCGAUGUACCGCGACACUCCCGUCUCCAAACGCUCCUUCCUCAAACUCAUCCGACAGGUGGACAAAUGGCAGGAGGAGUACGACGGAGGAGAGGGACGCACCGUCGUGCACUGCCUGUGA